AUCUCUUCAUGUAUCUAAUUCGUGAUUUGUGUCCUAUUUAAUUCUUUCCAAAUCACACCUAAUGCUUUUCUACACACCGAACACUCCCAACCACCACCAAACCUUCAGAAAGGACGAAUUCUACGUGCUGUUGAGCUCUGCAGGCCCCGGAGUGAUUACACCUCAGGGACGGAAUCAACACCUCCAUGGAGUCCGUGAUCACGCAAGAGCACAUAAAGUGCUCGCGGCUCGUUUUAAGGGGAUCAGCCAACAUAUGGCUGAUGCGCUCCUGGUGAACCCUUGAGAUCUUGGAUAUGUAGCAGCUGCGAUGAAUUGCAGGUUGGCUCUUUUAGAGUAGGAGAAAGCUUC